CGCCAUGCUGCGUAGGGAUCAUUUACGCGAAUUUGGACGGAUUUUGACUGACGCAGACAUAGAAAGGAGAUGCGAGCAAGUUCGUGCGAAAGCAAACUCCUCUUUGCUUACGGAAAAAAUGUCUGCUAAAUCGUCGUACUUGUACUAGAGAUGUUGACUCAACUGCAAACGUCUGGUGAAUGAUUCACCUAUGACAACAUACGUUAAGUACUGGAGAUUUAUUUACAGACUACAGGUCAUCUCCUUUUAUUUACACUUGUCUCUCUUCUCCUGUAUCUCUCAGUUUUCUCAGGUACUCAUCUCACGCCUACCAGUUGUUUAGACGACUUAUUCGAAAAAAUGUCUGCUGAAUCGUCGUACUAGAGCAACUGCAAACGUCUGGUGCAUGAUUCACCUCUGACAACAUGCGUUAAUAUAGGGUGGUGGUGGAUAGGUCUUACUUAUUGCACGCGAGAAUGAGAUACAUACUACUAGAGAAUCUUCUCUACUAGAGAUAAAGAUAUGUUGUCAUCCAAAAUUAGUAUUAGAUACGAAAUCUACUACCUCGUGAAACUACGUAGGUCUAAGAGUCCACCGGCGAAUGCUGAUGCACCUGACGCGACAAGCGGAGUAGACAAUUUCUAUGUGGUUCCUAGAAUGUCCACCCAGGGUGCAUGUCAGAGGAUGGCAGCCGCAACACCGGGACAGGAGAGUCUCGGUUCUGAUCCGGGAUCUUCAGCUUAAGGCUCUUUUUCUUAUAAAAAUCCAUCUUCAGUAGAGCAGGCAUUGGCAUCCUUCUGACUAUACCACAUUAAGGCUCAACUUUCACUGGUCACCAUUUAGAUUGGAGUCACUCAAAUCGAAGAGCCGACCCCUUCUUGAGAGAACAGGGGAAAACGAAGGGAAAGGGGAGAGCUUUGAAGGGGGUCCUUUCCGUUCCGAGUCAGUGGCCAACGAAUGCUGCGCUUUGAAAAUAGGGGCUUUGCUUUUUCCAAGGGGAAAAAGAAGCAAGCGCCUUCCGCUCAAUCAUCAGGUUGCAGCUCAAAAAGUAGAUGGCCCACGAUGCCCCUGAAGAUGGAUCAUGAUAGGGGCGAGCAGCUCUAAAAAUGAUCUCAUGCAACUCGUAGUAGUGGAUCCAACAAUGCCUUUUCGAC